AUGAUUCUCUUCGCGCCUAUAAGUCAGGCCGCCAAUAAUGAUGUAAGGAGGAAAUCUAUGGACAACACUGUCAAUCUUCAAGCCUCUGUUUCUACUAGCGACCUGACUUAUAGGCGCGAAGAGAAUCAUUCCGCCUCACCGUGCAUAGAGCGGGCUCCGGAAUGGGUGCCUGACAUAGCGGCGCCAUCUUGUAUGAGAUGCUCCGCUCACUUCACGGCGUUCCGACGUCGACACCAUUGUGGAAAAUGCGGUAAAGUGUUCUGUACAUCGUGCAGUUCGAAUUUGAUCCCGCUACGGGCAGCUGCAGCCGGUGUGCGAGUGCGACGAGUGCUUCCAGUGCCGGCGCCCGCACCAGCGGCGAAGCCACGUCCAUUGUCCGUACCUCGCACAGGGUCGGGUACUACAAUAUCCUCUAUCGUUUUGUAA